AGAAAGAAAGUGGUGUGGAGUGACUCUUGGUGUUUUUGUUUUUCUAUGUAAAACAUGUCAGGAAAAGCGUGGUAGAUGUACAAAGAGAGAGAGACGGCACUGAGAAAAGACACUGGCACAUCUCAUCCUCUCCGAAAGGCAACAAAGACGCAAACAACAGCCACAAUGUCCAGGACACCUGCCUCAUCUGACGGGACUUGCCACAUCGCCAUGGAUCUUAAAAAUGCCUGUUGACUUCCCUUUCCCUCACCUCCUCCCUUUGUCAUGGAGUCUGACCCGAACUCCCUCCGUGACCCCUACAAACCUGUGGAUGACAACGUCGAGCUCCCCGAUCUGGAGUGCGCCAUCUGUUUCUGCCAGUUCAACAAUGUCUUCAACACCCCUAAGGUACUCCAAUGCAAGCACACCUUCUGCCUGGAGUGUCUUGCACGGAUGAACGUCAAGUCCACCCAACCCGACACCAUCCAGUGCCCUCUGUGCCGCGCAUACACCCCGUUACCCGACUUGGGUCUUCCCAAGCUAGCAAAUGACUCUGCGGUGCUGUCUUACCUCCCGGCUGCCAUGCAGCACGUCUACAGCAUCCGCUUCAACCGCAACAAAGGCAAACUGCAGGUGAAGAGAGUGCCCAGCUCUGCCCCGGCCCUGACGCAGACCGUCAGCCAGACACUGGACGUCGGGAACCCAGCGGGCUUGGAGGGGCAGCGGGGCAGAGAUGGGGGUAGAGAGAGGUCCCUACUGAUGACCAUACUGCGAGCGCCACUGUGCAAAGCUUUUAUCAUGAGCAUGGUGGCCAUAGUGACCGUCAUUCUCACCAUUGUUAUCAUCAUCAUCAACAAGAAUUUAUUCCAUAUCAUAGGAAGAGGAAAUGACUACAGGGAGCGAGAGGGUGGAGCUCAAACACAGAGAUGGAGUGAAUGCGACAGGAGUGAGCAGGUAUCCGACAGGUGGACAGGACUGGUGCGUUUGGAAGAGGGAAUCUCACCAAGACUCAAGGAGCAGGAAGCAAGAAGACACCUCAUGCAACUUUGAAGGUAACCGUCUCUGAUCAAUCUUGAUGAUUCACAUAUUUCUCAUCAAUGCAUAAUAUCAUCACAGCUGAUACCAGACUGAUCCAUGUGAGGUAAAGGCCCAUAUUAUAUUGCAUAUCCGUAUAAUCAGACAAGUUCAGGCAUCUAUCUGUCAGUGAUUUUUUUUUUUUUUUUUUGGAAUCUAACUCAUAUUUCUGGAUCAUUGUCACACUGUCUUUAGACUCUUAAAAAUGAGGUUCAGGCCAUAGGAGAACCAUUUUUGGUUGCCUAAAGAACCUUUUUAGUGAACAGUUCCUAAAAUAACCAUUUCUUCUUAUAGUGUGAAGCACAUUUUAAAAAUCUGAAGAACUUUUCCACUAGUAAGAAAC